AUGCAGCCUUCUGCUGCUUCUGCGUCUCGGGUGCCCCCCGGCUUCGCCCGGCCUUUGACUGUUGGUGAAGUACCUCUAAUGGCUUACAAUACACACAACAAGCCUGUUAAUGCUGCACCACGUUCUAAGGAGAAGUAUACAAUGCUGCUUCCUGCAAAGGCUGCAGCAGAGGGUAUGAGGGGCUACCAUGCUCUUCGUUUCUUACGUCUUAGACGUCUUUAUAAUAAGCAGCAGCUGCAGCGACUGUUUUUGCUGCUCUUUAUGGCUGUUCUAGGGUUAAUGCUGCUGCUUUGGGAGCAGCUAACACUACCAAUGCUGGAACAGCUGCAGCAGCUACGCUCAUUAGGGCCUUCUAUUCCUUCUGCUGCUGAUAUUCAUCGGUGUGCUGCUGUUGUAGCAUCACCUAGGCUGUAUGCACAUGACGAAUUAAUGUCUCUUAGUGGGGCUGGGCGUAGAGAGCUGCUGCAGGAAGUGUGGGUUGGCGAUGCUAAGCGAGAAGAGCGUAGGGCAGCUGCUUCUUCUGCUUCUUCUCCUGCUGCAGCUGUUACUGCUGCUGCUGCUGCUGCUACUCCUGCUGCUGCUGCUGCUGCUGCUAGCCGAGGAUUUCUUAUGCUAAGCUCUGCUCAACAUGAUGGUUUAUUUGCUUUCUUAGAAAUACUUAUACGGGGUAUGCAGCUAAAGAAUGUUUCCUUUGCUCUAGGGGGCUCAACUCUUCUGGUGGAGCAGGCAGUGAAUUCUUCCUUUGGGUUGAUUAGCAUAGACACCUCAACAGCAGCAGAUUCUUUAAGCCUUCCUGCAUUAUUUGUACGAGUAUAUUGGUAUAAAGAGGUGCGGGAUCGAUCCCCAGACGAUCCCCAAGACUGGGAACCCCACGCAGAGAUAACAGGAGUCUCUUCUCAGCAGCAAAUGCCGCUGCAGGAGCUGCUUCCUUUUGUAGAGAGACCCUUGGGGCUUCUUGCAAUACCUUCUCCAAAGAACCCUUUAUUCUAUCUCAACAGAUUCUAUAACUCUGCUAACCCGUUCUGUGCUGCUAUGAUGCAGCAGGAAAAAGCAGCAGCAGCAGCAGCAGCAGCAAUUGCUGCUGCACAAGAUCCAGCCGCAGGGGGAUCUACAGACGGAACCCCCAUCAGCAGCAGCAGCGAGGGGUCGGGGCCUGUGUCGUUCUUAUCAUUCUCCCUCGGGAGCUGCAGCAGCAGCAGCAGAAGGGAUAUAAAGCCUCUUGUCGAAUGCACACCUGUUAAUGGAGACUGUCUUAAAGAGACAUUUACCUUUAAUGGGGAGAAGCUACUUGAGGUGUAUACGAGCUCCCGAUACACCCCAGCCCCUGAGUUCCGUUCGUGGUUCCAGCCCGGAUGGAGUUGGUAA